AAUAAUCCUGAAGCGUGUGUGUGUACAAGCAACAGCAGACACACAAGAGUGUAUUGUUGCUGUAGACGCGCAGUAUUGAUUUCGCUUCUAGUGCAGCACUGGUCACGUGAAUCUCUUGGAGUGAGGAUCAAAGACUUGAAGACAAACGCGACCGAUGCGCUCAAGUCGUCGCUGCAUGUCGUCAUUUGUUUGAUCAGAUGUUUGAUACGGAGUAGGAUGGGCUUUCACACCUGGCACUGUUUACAUCAGAGCUUAAGCGACUUCGGAGCUAGUGUUUGUGUUUUGUCUGUUUAAAUUAUAACGCGAUCUAGUCAAAUACAAAACAGGACGACUGCGGACUUUUUAUAUUUUUUGGUAUUUUUCCUGAUGUCGGACUGCUGCUCGUCGGGUUCAGAUGAGGAUUUGGACCCGGAGUUAGAGCUGCUGGACGAGCUCGGCGGGACUCUCAGUAAGUGGACAAACUACAUUCAUGGAUGGCAGGACCGCUGGAUUGUGCUGAAGGGCAAUAUUCUGAGUUACUACAGGUCAGCAGAUGAGAAGGAGUACGGCUGCAGAGGGUCCAUCUGUCUCAGCAAGGCUGUCAUCACGCCUCAUGAGUUUGAUGAAUGCCGUUUUGACAUCAGUGUGAACGACAGCAUCUGGUACCUGAGGGCUGAACAUCCUUUGCUCCGGCAGCAGUGGAUCGAUACCAUUGAACUUCACAAGGCUGAGUCAGGCUAUGGGUCUGAGAGCAGUUUACGCCGCCAUGGCUCCCUGUUGUCCCUCACCUCUGCUGCCAGCGGCCUCUCCACCACCUCCGCAUCCUCCUUCAAGAAGGGAUACAGCCUGCGGGAAAAGCUAGCAGAGAUGGAGACCUUCCGGGACAUUCUCUGCAGACAGGUGGACACACUGCAGAAGUAUUUUGACAACUGCGCAGAUAUUGAGAGUAAAGAUGAGCUCCACAGGGACAAAGUAUCUGAUGAUGAGGAAGAUUUUCCAACCUCACGACCAGAUGGAGAUUAUCUGCUUAACAACAACAACAGCAGCAAAGAGAAAUUAUUCUCUGUGGACAGCCUCAAAGAUUCCUUAGGCAUCGAUUUCAAAGGUGAAGCCAUCACGUUUAAAGCUACUACAGCAGGAAUCCUGUCCACACUGUCUCACUGCAUUGACAUUUUGGUCAAAAGAGAAGAUAGCUGGCAAAGACGACUUGAUAAGGAAAUUGAAAGGAGAAGACGUGCUGAAGAAGCCUAUAAAGCUGCACUGACGGAGCUGAAGAAGCCUCAUUAUGGAGGACCAGACUAUGAAGAAGGACCAAACAGUCUGAUCAAUGAAGAGGAGUUCUUCGAUGCUGUGGAAGCUGCAUUGGAUAAGCAUGACCAGAUCGAAGAGCAAUCCCAGGCAGAAAGGAGCAGAGUAUCUCGACAGAUCUCCCUCACUCCAGACACCUAUUCCUCCAUCAGCACUCAGAAAUACUCGACUAAGCCUCACAGCCAUACUUCCUCCUUGUCCUCCGUUGACCUCAUAAGUGCGUCCGAUGACGUGCACAGGUUCAGUGCUCAGGUUGAGGAGAUGGUGCAGAGCCACAUGACUUAUUCUUUACAGGAUGUGGGUGGAGAUGCUAACUGGCAGCUGGUUGUUGAAGAAGGGGAUAUGAAGGUGUACAGGAGAGAGGUGGAGGAGAACGGCAUCGUUCUGGAUCCUCUCAAAGCUACUCACGCUGUCAGAGGGGUCACAGGUCACGAGGUCUGCCACUACUUUUGGGAUACAGCUUUUCGGAACGACUGGGAGACAACUGUUGAAAGCUUUCAAGUGGUUGAGACACUCUCGGAUAAAGCAGUCAUCAUUCAUCAGACACAUAAGAGGGUAUGGCCUGCUUCCCAGAGAGAUGUGCUUUAUGUAUCGAUUAUCAGUAAAAUUCUCUCCACCAAUGAGAAUGAUCCAGACACCUGGCUGGUGUGCAACUUCUCAGUGGAUCAUGACGGCUAUCCACCCUCUGCUAGAUGCAUUCGUGCCAAAAUCAAUGUAGCCAUGAUCUGUCAAACCCUAAUCAGCCCACCAGAGGGAGACAAAGAGAUCACCAGAGACAACAUCCUCUGUAAAAUCACAUAUGUUGCCAAUGUAAAUCCUGGUGGUUGGGCCCCUGCAUCAGUUUUACGAGCCGUAGCCAAGAGAGAAUAUCCCAAAUUCCUCAAACGCUUCACCUCGUAUGUUCAAGAGAAGACCAACGGUGAGGCUAUUCUCUUUUGAGCAACACCAGGUUGUUCAAUCUACAUUUCCAGUUUGCUUUCUGACUCGAAUGAAGAAACGCCUUAUUCACAAAAUUCUACCAUCACUCACAACAAAGAGCUGCUCUGCCCAAGUGCUCUUGACACUCUUCAGAAACCUUUUCAAAACGGAUCCAUACAGACUGAACAACAGCGGUACACCAACACCAAACAUGGUACAAAGUCUGUAAAAGCACCUUUGACAAGUACAAACACACUAGAAAGACCAACGCAGCCUGUUCAUCUUUAAAAGGCCUUACUUGUUUUUCCCUAAAUGAGUUUUGUUAAAGUGUUUUACAUUGUUGUAAAUAUUUGAUCAUAGUUUUGAGGUCUUAAUGAGAUUAUAUAUACUGUAAACUUGAUGCCUUGAUCUAAUCCCAGCAUUAUCUCAGCUGUACGUGAACGUUUUUCACUGGCCUUGUCCAAUAGCCAUUUCUCUUAGGAAGACCCUUUCUAGCCCUGAUGAUCAAGAUGACGUCAAACUUCAGUCUUAAGAUCUCUUGUACAGUUAGUUAAUCUAAAUGUUUAAGAUUAUUACAUGUGAAGGCAUUACACAUUUUUAUUCUUAUAAUUCACAAAUGUGGCUUUAGGCAAAGUGUACAUUUAUUGGGAGCUUCUUGUAUAAGACUAUAAUCAAAGGUUAGGGUAUUUUGGUAGGCCUGUGAAAAGUUGGUAGUGACUUAAUAGACCAUAAUUGCCUUUCUUUUCUCUUUUUAUUAAAUUUUUUUUCUUGUUUUUAAGUUUGUUUUUGUUUUGAAUUUCCAGAUGUUUCAAAAAUAAUCAUUUCUGCAGAUAGGUGGCACUUUAUUGCGCACAUGCCUUUUUGGGCCCUAUAACAGCAGUUUAGACCACGUCAUUCCACUUCUGGUUCAUCACUACCUAUUGGGCUUCCAUCUAAAAAAUCUAUGUAGAAUUACUGCAGUUGUGCUUUUGAAAGAGAGGGAAUUGUAACAUUUCACUGUUUAAUGUCACUUUCUGUGGUCUAAUUCACUAUAUGGAGGAGUUAAUGUAUCGAGGACAUUAAGUAUCACUAGUCUUAAAGGGACAGUUUGUCCAAAAAUGACAAUUCUUUCAUGUAAAAUUGUUUUCUCACCCUCAAGUUGUUCCAAACCUGAAUGACUGGCUUUCAUCGGUUCAACAAAAAAAAAUAUUUUGAGAUGUUUUUCUCCACACAAUGGCCAUCAAUGGUAACCAAAUUCUGCUUGGUUACCAACAUUCUUCAAAAUGUUUUUGUGUUCUUUUGAAAGUCAUUCAGGUUUGGAAAAACGUAAGUAUGAACUAUCCCUUUAAAAAGGCUUUGAUGUCAUGAUUUCUUAGAUGAUCCAUCAUAUGUUGAAUGUGUGUUUUCUGUAACAUUGUUUGCACUAAACAAUCUGAUGUUUUUUUUUUUUUUUUAAUCCCACCAUAGUCUUUCCAAA